GGGCUAGGUGCGCCGUGAGAUAGGGGAUUGGGGCCGCUCAGCUGCAGCCGGCUGAACCCCACUCCCCCCCCCCGAGUCCUAAGGGGCCCCGGGUUCCCCCCGUCUCGCCGCCGCCAUGUCCGAGCGCGAGGAGCGGCGCUUCGUGGAGCUGCCGCGCGAGUCCGUGCGGCUGAUGGCGGAGAGCGCGGGGCUGGAGCUGACGGACGAGGUGGCCGCGCUGCUGGCCGAGGACGUGUGUUACCGCCUGCGGGAGGCCGCCCAGAACAGCGCCCAGUUCAUGAAACACACCAAGCGCCGAAAACUGACGGUGGAGGAUUUCAACCGGGCCCUUCGCUGGAGCAACGUGGAGGUGGUGUGCGGCUAUGGCUCCCAGGACCCCCUUCCCUUCCGUGCUAUAAAGGAAGGGGAGCUCUACUUCCAGGAGGACCGUGAGAUCAAUCUGGUAGAGCUUGCCCUGGCCACCAACCUCCCCAAGGGCUGUGCGGAGACAGCAGUGAGAGUUCACGUCUCUUACCUGGAUGGAAAAGGAAAUCUGGAACCGCAGGGAGCUGUGCCCAGUGCUGUCUCCACACUCUCAGAUGACCUGCUGAAGUACUACCAGCAUGUGACCCGAGCUGUGCUUGGGGAUGACCCGCAGCUAAUGAAGGUUGCCCUCCAGGACCUGCAGACGAACUCGAAGAUCGCAGCCCUGCUGCCCUACUUUGUCUAUGUGGUCAGCGGGGUGAAGUCCGUCAGCCAUGACCUGGAGCAGCUGAACCGCCUGCUGCACAUUGCCAAGAGCCUCAUCCAGAAUCCCUACCUGUGCUUGGGCUCCUAUGUCAAGAGCCUGAUAGCCAGCGUCAUGUACUGCGUGCUGGAGCCACUUGCCGCAUCGAUCAACCCCCUCAAUGACCAUUGGACGCUCCGGGACUACGCUGCCAUGCUCCUGAGCCACAUCUUCUGGACGCAUGGCGACCUCGUCAGUGGCCUGUACCACCAGAUCUUAUUGUCCCUCCAGAAGGUGCUGGCUGAUCCAGUGCGCCCGCUUUGCUCUCAUUAUGGGGCAGUGGUUGGGCUGCAUGCCCUGGGGUGGAAGGCUGUGGAGCGAGUCCUGUACCCCCAUCUCUCCACCUACUGGGCGAACCUGCAAGCUGUGCUGGAUGACUACUCUGUCUCCAAUGCUCAGGUGAAGGCUGAUGGGCACAAGGUGUACGGUGCCAUCCUGCUCUUCCUUUGCCAGGUGGCAGUGGAGCGCUUGCUGAAGAUGAAGGCGCAGUCAGUAUCCGCCCAGGGGGACAGACCAUGUAGGGAUGGGUGCCGUCGGGAGAGCUCUCCCUGGCUCAGCCCCCUGCAAGAUCCCCAAGUGGAGUUCAGCUUUGGCAUCGCCAGCCACCUGCUGCAGCUGGGCAGUGGGGGCCCCCAGCUGGGCACUGGCAUCUCUGCUGACCCUCCCACUGUCUCCCUGCACGAGACCUACCGGGAGCUCUACGACUUCUUUGGAGACAGCCUGGCCACCCGCUUUGGCACGGGCUCAGGGCUGCAAGCAGCUGACCUGACACCUCCCGGCCCCAAGGUCUUGGACACCAAGAAAGAGCAGCCAGCCUUCGGCACAGGGGAUGUGGUGCGCAAGAUGCCCCAGCUGACAGCCAAUGCCACAGUGAGUCCCCGGGAGGAGGAGAGCCCCCGAGCAGACUACCCACCAGGCAGGUCAGCCCUCCAUCGCUCGGCCAGCGUGCCCCGCUCUCGUAGCACAUCACGCCAGCAGGGCCACCGGCCCGGGGUCCGUGACGUUUUCCAGAAAUGCCGCUUCUCCCCCCAGGGGCCACCCCGCUUCAGCUUUUUGAUUGCUGGGCGGCAGGUGGGCCGGCGGUGCCAGGGCCGACUGUUCCAGACCUGCUUCCCCCAGCACCACGGCCCUAGCCACAUUUCCCGCUAUGCCCAGAAGCUGCCCAUGAUCGGCAGGACCAGUAAGCCUGUGAAGAAGUGGGCCCACUCAGAGUACUCCCUUUACCUGCCUCUCUGAGGAGUGACCUUUCCCCUUCAGGACUUCAGCUCAUGUGCCCUUCAUCCCUCCCCCGUACUACUGAGCAUCCCUUGCUGGAAGAAGUCAGGGGCCCCCACUCAAGCCAACCCCCUCAGGGGAAGAUUUUAUCUUCCAGGGUGGAGGGGGCCUACCCAGCAGCCUCUAGACUCUGCAGGGGGUGCUGAAGAGACAUUCUGCCCUCCGCCGUGCCCAGACUGUGGGUCAGGCUGAGCCUGCUGCCUCUGCACCAAUGGACUGUGCACUCCUCCAAGGGCCAUCCAGGGUUUUCUGCGGUGUGAUGGCUGAGCCUUUGCUGGGGAGGUGUUUGGGGAGCGUGUGUGGGAGUGGGGAGGUGAUUGCAGGGCUUAGGUCCUCUCUGUGAUCUAGGUACAGCACACAGCAGCAGAUUCCAUAGGCUAACGAAAGGAUAUUAGCUCCCUGGCCCUAAGCCAUGUCCUCCCCUGAGGGAUGAGUGCUCCUGUCCUUGUGUACUCAGCACUCCCCUUGGAGUUGGAUUUUCCUGACAGCACGCAGCAUU